AUGAGUGAGGGAGGCACCGAAAUGCGUAACCAUCUUGCCAUAGAUGCACGGCGGGACUGCUUUCCAUUUUGUAUUGUCUGGACUCCUAUUCCUUUACUGACAUGGCUAUGUCCUUUUAUCGGGCACAUGGGAAUCGCCACUUCCAAGGGCGUGAUCCGAGAUUUUGCUGGACCUUAUACCGUUGGUGAAGGUAAUAUGGCUUUUGGGAGACCGGUGAAAUAUUGGAAGUUGCAACCGUCUCGGGUUCCCGGUGGCGAAGAGAACUGGGACGCCGGAGUCAAAGAAGCAUCCGAUAUAUACAAGAAUCGCAUGCAUAACCUCUUCUGUGAUAAUUGCCAUUCGCACGUUGCUACUGCACUGAAUUUGAUGUCAUACAAUGAUUCCCAAUCAUGGAACAUGGUCAAGUUGUGUGUGCUGUUGUCGAUAUAUUCGAGAUAUGUCAGCUGGGCCGCCGUGUUCAAAACAUGGACACCAUCGCUUCUGCUGCUCAUCUUCAUUUUGCUGCUGAUCACUGUAUCACAAAGUUGAAAGGCAUUCUUCAGGGGCAACGUUCUUCGAAGAUUUCUGAGCAUCUUGUCGCAACGCGAUUCACCAAUGGCAUAGCAAAUCUUAGAGCUGCUCUGUCAACUACCGUGGGUCGCUUGAGGCACCUCUGUUUGUCUGAAGUGCAGGUGCUGCGAUAAUGAUGGCUCAUGGCGGUUGUGUGUUUCACGUACAUAUUUCGUUUACCUGGAACGAGUCGGAUAAAUGCGAAGUCAUUAUUCAUGACACGGUUCCCAGAUGAAAUGAUUGCCUGCUUCAUUGAUCCAGUGUGGCUUCACUAUGUACUUGGAACGAACUCCGAAUUGAGUUGGUCGAGUGUCUCGAACAGUUUUUGCGACCGUGACGGGUUCCACGUUCAUCCAACGUUUUUGUGAAUCUGGUAUCACUUGAAGUGCGUCUUUGUCGGAAUUCCAUUGCGUGUAGAAAAAUACAUUGCGGAACACGAACGAUGCGAAUGGUGACGCGUUGACUUCUCUGUGUGAAUACAGGAGACAUGGCAUCGAGUUCUUUAUU